AUGGAGGCAUCGAAUUCGUCCAUUAACGAAGCGUACUGGCCGCUUCCCUAUCUUUACUCCUCCUUCACCUCCGUUUGGCUCGUUUUCGCUUCUUGCUGGAUCAUCAACACCUACAUCAACCGUCAUUUUCAGGUGAAUAGUUUACAAUGGACGCUUGCGUCAGUUCCUUGUGUUAAAGCUUUGCAACUUGCUUUUUCCUUUUUCUUCUGGUAUUCAUGUUUUUAUUACCAAACAUGCUCUCUGUGGAUGUCAUUUGGAGUAUAUGUAACUGGAUUGCUCUUUGAGACAGCUUCGAUUGUGUCAUUUUUGCUGAUUUCCCACGGCUAUUGUAUCACUUCUGAGCGUCUUUCAGUACCUGAGCGUCGAGCCAUGGCUGUACUUGGUUGUGUCUUCUAUCUGAUUCUUGUUGGUCACAGAGCUUCUAUACCUUACUUCUCAUUCCUUCUGGUGCUCGACUAUUUGCUCAUAUUCUUUGUGAUAUUUAAUCAUAUUACUCAGAACUUAUCACUCUUAAGUGAGCAGUUGAAUUUUAUAGAGGAUGAAGAUGUCCAAGAGAUGCAUGAUGCUGUCUACACUAAAUACCUUAUGUUCAAGAAAUUCAGAGGUGCAAUGCAUAUAGUAGCUAUAGCAGAAACCACGAUUUUCAUCAACAUGGACAGUUCUGUGGAAAACUAUUGGAUGAAGCUACUGGCUCGUGAAUGGGCACAUUUCUGUAUCUUUCUGUAUAUCGGAUGGAUUUUUCGGUCUCAGGACUUGGCACCACGAUUCUCUGUUAUGCCAACUCACAAGUCUAGAAGCAAUAGAAUUGUUCCUCCCAUCUACAGCAUUGAACUCGAUGAAGCAUCUUUCAAAGAUUUUAGCAGCCGAGAAUGGCAGAUUGGAGUGCCAACUUCUUCUCAGGAUAGGAUCUCGAAGGACUCAAUUCUAGUAGUGAUUCAACAUCCCCAUGCAUCUAGACCAAUUUUAAUCAAUUCUGGAUCAGGAUUCCCAACCAAUUCAGCAACUAUAUCUUCCCCAAAAGCCAGCAUAUAGGAAGGACUUCAAGUAUCUGAGAUCUUUCUGUUAUAUUUCUUGCAUCGAAAGGGAAAACUGAUACCGUUAGAUAUAGAUAUAAGCAAGUAGAUAUCAAAUCUGCAGCCAAUCGAUUACGACUGUAAUCGAGUAUGGUACACGAAUAUAAAACUGUAAAUACUUUCUAGUGUUCGUUUUUACGCUCUAAAAGGGAACUUCGCAACCGAAAACUUGCGUGUGUAUGACAUCAUUGUCGUAUAGCAGCCUAGCCUAUACGCGUGAAUGUAAAGGC